AUGGGGAUGCUGCCAUGGCGCGAUAACGAUGAGAGAAUACUUGGACCGACAACAGUUCCAUCGGAGGGCAAUGUCGCUUUCUAUGCCUACAUGUCCACCAGCCUGGUAAAUCCGAGUAGUUUUCACACUCUGAUCUUCGACACAGUCAUAACAAACGAUGGCAAUGGUUACCAUCCAAAUACAGGAGUUUUUAUUGUCCCCGAAUCUGGUCUCUACGUUUUCACAUGGGUUAUGAGGCAGUGGACUCAUGCGACACACGGAACGGAAUUGAUGGUUAACAAAAUCAGUUCUGGUUCGGUAUUCCUGCAUUCCAUGACUGACGACCACAGUGUUACGGGACUAGUUGUCAUUCACGCCAACCAGGGUGACGAUGUGUUUGUGCGCACUCAGGUUGACAAUAACUAUGGAAAUAUCGGGAGUGAUUAUCACGGAAAGACAUCCUUUGCUGGCUGGAAGAUAAACUGA